CGGACUGUUUACAGAGCUACAACACAGGAAGUUUUGCUUUGACAGCGAAAAGGAUGAUGUGUUUGUGUGUGCUGUAGCAAACGAAAACAUUUGCUUUGCAAAAUCACAUGUUAGAAUACUUUAUUCAUACUUAGUUCAAGUAGAUUAAUGAUUAAACCGAAACGAAAAUGUUUGCGGGGCUGCCUGAGCUCGGGAUAUCCAACGGCGAGGAUCUUAAGGAAACUCUCACCAACUGCACAGAGCCUCUGAAAGCCAUUGAUCAGUUUCAGAUGGAAAAUGGCAUCCUGCUGCCGACUCUCCAGUCUGCUCUUCCUUUCCUCGACCUCCAUGGAACGCCUCGACUGGAGUUCCAUCAGUCUGUCUUUGACGAGCUUCGAGAAAAGCUGAUGGAGCGAGUUGCUCUCAUUGCAGAGGGAAAGGAAGAGGACAGAUAUGGGAAGCUUGAAGAGCUGUUGGAGAAGAGCUUCCCACUUGUCAAAAUGCCGUCCAUUCAGCCGGUGGUAAUGCAGGUGCUGAAGCAUCUCCCCAAGGUGCCAGAGAAGAAACUGAAGAUGGUCAUGGCUGACAAGGAACUGUACAAGGUUUGUGCUGUGGAGGUGAAAAGGCAGAUCUGGCAAGACAACCAGGCUCUGUUUGGAGAUGAAGUUUCACCCCUCCUAAAGCAGUACAUUGUGGAAAAGGAAGCAGCUCUGUUCAGCAGCGACCUCUCCAUCCUUCACAAUUUUUUCAGCCCUUCUCCCAAAGCACGGCGCCAAGGCGAGGUGGUCCUGAAGCUGACCCAGAUGAUUGGAAAGAACGUGAAGUUGUACGACAUGGUGCUACAGUUUUUACGCACCCUCUUCCUGCGAACACGAAAUGUUCACUACUGCACACUAAGAGCCGAGCUGCUGAUGUCUCUUCACGACUUGGACAUCAGUGAGAUCUGCUCUGUAGACCCCUGCCAUAAGUUCACUUGGUGUUUGGACGCCUGCAUCCGUGAGAAGUUUGUGGAUGGCAAGCGAGCCAGAGAGCUGCAAGGUUUCCUGGAUGGAGUGAAGAAAGGGCAGGAGCAAGUCCUCGGGGACCUGUCCAUGAUCCUGUGUGAUCCUUUUGCCUGCAACACCCUGGUCCUGAGUAUCAUAAAGAAUCUGCAAGAGCUGCUAAGUCAGGAUGCCUUACCUCGGGACAGUCCAGACCUGAUGCUGCUGCUGAGGAUGCUGUCAUUGGGUCAAGGGGCGUGGGACAUGAUCGACAGCCAGGUCUUUAAAGAGCCUCGUCAGGAUCAGGAGGUAGUGACCCGCUUCCUGCCUUCCAUGAUGUCAGUGGUUGUUGAUGAUCACACCUUCAUUGUGGAACAGAAGCUUCCCAGCGAGGAGAAGAGCUCGCUGUCAUACCCCACCACCCUACCAGAUGCCUUCAACAGGUACCUGCAGGAGAACAGAGUGGCCUGUGAAAUGGGUCUCUACUAUGUCCUUCACAUCGCCAAACUGAGGAACAAGAACGCCUUACAGAGGCUACUGCCUACACUGGUGGAGACCUACAAUGACAUGGCGUUCGGGGACAUCUUCCUGCACCUGCUGACUGGACAUCUCACCCUGCUCUCUGAAGAGUUUGGAUCAGAAGAGUUUUGCUCAGUUGUCUUUGAUGGUUUCCUCCUUACUUCUUUUUCCAGUAAAGAGAACGUCCACAGACACACCCUGCGGAUGUUGCUGCAUCUGCACCACAAAGUGCUGCCCUCGUACAUGGAAACGUUGAUGAAAACUCUGGAACCUCCAAAGCAGUGCAGCGAGCCAGUGAAGGAGCUCUACACCCAGCUGAUGGAGAAAUUGGAGGCACAGAAGAAGAGCCCUCCACCAGCAGAGGAAACUCCAUCCUUGGAUCUUGGGCUGCACCCAGUGACUGUCCCCACCACCCCCUCCACACCAACCACACCUCUCUGAGACACCAGAUGCUUCACAAAUUAAAAAAAAAAGACAGGACAUUUUACAUUACUGACUGUAUGAUUAUUUUUUUCCAUGGUUUAGUUUUUUUAGAUGCUUGUCUAAGAGGAUCUUCCAGCACUUCAAGGGAGAUCAUUACUUUUGUAAACUUUGUGCUCUUGCAUCAUUGUCCAGAUAUACAGUAUUUUCAUAUGUAGUUGGGCUAUCAGUGUGUUACAUUUGAAUUGUGUCCGUAGUACAAGAUGCCUGUAAAUAAAUGAAACAUACAGACACCUCAUACAAAGCAGUGUCACUGUGUUCCAGGCAAAGUGACAAAAUGCAGUGCCAUAUCUUAGGCACUACCUCUGUGUACUGUUAUACAUGGGAAGCACUUCACUAAAACCGAAAACAAGUGUGUGGGUAGACCUGAGUGGGUGACGUCCCUGGCAGCCAUAUAUCCAGGUAGUGAGAAAGAAACUGUUCAUUGAUGUAGUGUGGCUUACUGGGCUCUACACACUGAGGACUUCAACUCUGGUAAGAACAGUUCAGAUUACCUCUACAUAAGCAGCAAGGACCUGUAGGUGAGGAUUUAAAAUGUCUU